AUCUUUUUUUUUUCCGGCCAUUUAUCGUGACCAUCUUCUGCCUUCUAAAUCUUCAACCUUUCCGUAAGAUCAGAUUCCACCGAAUUGCUUUAUUGGUACCUAUAUAGCCCGUUUGCUCUGUCAGUUAUCUCUCCGCCGUAUUUAUCCAUACGCCGAGUUGAAAUGGGCUGGUUUUGGGCCGACACUGCCCCCCGCGCCGCUGUUGUUCCUCCGGCGGACUCCAGGCACAAGCACCUUGCUGGCGCCGGGACACCUCCCCCCGGAUGCCCCAUGCACAAGGCCACCGUCGAUGCCUUCAGGCCGCCUGCAUCGUCUCCGACCUCGACGCCCUCUUCCUGCCCGAUUCCACAUGGCAAUCCCGCCGCAAACGCAGCCCUCUCUUCCUGCCCCGUCCAGCAUGGCAGCAGUGGCGCUUCAACCGAGCAAGGACACGAGCAGUCGGUGCUCUCGAAGCUCAACCCCCUGAAUUACAUGUUCCAGUCCAUCUCGCAAGAACGGGCCCCGAAUCAGACGUACGCGCUACCGACGAGCCGGGCCGAGUCUUCCAUCCCAAGGGGCGGCGGCGAGGGCAAUUGGGAGUACCCGUCGCCCCAGCAAAUGUACAAUGCCCUACUUCGAAAAGGCUACACAGAUACAGACAUUACCGCUGUUGAGAGCAUGGUGGCGGUCCAUAACUUUCUGAACGAGGGAGCCUGGGCCGAAAUCGUCGAGUGGGAGCGCCGGUUCGCCAAGGGUCUCUCUCGGGGCUGGGCGGUGAGCAGGCGCGGCGAGGAGAAUGCGCCGCUUGAGUUGCGGCGAUUAGAGGCCCAGGAGGGCGGGCAGGCGCAGCCGACCUUGAUCAGGUUUCAAGGGAGGCCACAGGAGAUGACGCCCAAGGCUGCGCUAUUGCAAUUGCUGGGACGGAUAUAUCCGGCUAAGUUUGGUACCGAUCCUCCUUUCGAUCGCCACGAUUGGUACGUCUCGCGCAAUGUAAAUGGCGGGCAGAAGGAGGUCCGGUAUGUGAUCGACUUCUACUCGGCACCGCCAGAACCCACGGGUGAACCCGUCUUCUACCUCGAUGUCCGGCCCGCCAUGACCCCGACUGGAGCUGCGGAGCGGCUGAUCCGGUGGGGCGGCGAUGUUUGGUGGCGGGCAUCCGGCGGCGAAGUUCGCGAGUCCAACCAUCGGAGUCAACAGAAGUGACGGUGCCGAAAUUCCAGGCUCAGUCGGCGACGAUUCAUAUGGAGCGAGUGCUCGGUGUCCAUCUCGGGCACGGGCAUGGAGGACUCGUCCCAUGAAGAACCGGUUUGCUUUGUCGUUCAGGUCGUGUGUUUUUAGUCUCUCCUCACGUGUAUAAUGACCGGCCUUAUUAUUGUAUAUACCUAUGUAUGGUCCUUACAUAUC